AUGACCACCCCUAAAAGCCCUGUCACGACCAGGUUCGGCAGAUAUCAGAGGAACUACAGUGCCAGCCGCUCGCGCAGUGAUGGCCUCCCCGGCAUUGACUACUCAAAGCUCACUAUCACAAAGUCUGAAUCUCCCAAGCCGCUGCAGCAGAACAAGGACCUGGUAUUCGGAGCCACCUUCACCGAUCAUAUGCUUCAGGUGAAAUGGAACACCAAAGAUGGAUGGCUUGCUCCAAAUAUCAUGCCAUACCAGAAUUUGAGUCUGGCUCCAUCCGCCUCUGUCUUUCAUUAUGCGUUUGAGUGCUUUGAGGGUAUGAAGGCCUAUAAAGCGAAAGAUGGCUCUAUUCGCUUGUUCAGACCUGACAAAAACAUGGCCAGACUGAACAAGUCAACCCAGCGCAUUGCACUCCCAACCUUUGACCCCGAAAUCAUGACGAAACUCAUCGGUGACCUUGUCAAGCUGGAUGGCAGAUUCAUCCCAAGCGAGCGGGGCUACUCUCUCUACCUGAGGCCAACCGUUAUUGGAACGCAGGAGUCUCUCGGAGUUGCUGCUCCCGGUUCCGCUCUUCUCUUUGUAAUUGCCAGCCCUGUUGGUCCGUACUACCCCACCGGCUUCAAGGCAGUUUCUCUUGAAGCCACUGAUUAUGCUGUUCGUGCAUGGCCAGGUGGUGUCGGUGACAAGAAACUGGGUGCAAACUAUGCCCCUUGCAUUGUCCCACAGAUGGAAGCUGGAACUCGUGGCUUCCAGCAGAAUCUCUGGCUCUUCGGUGAGGAAGAGUAUGUCACCGAAGUCGGUACUAUGAAUUUGUUCAUCGCCAUGAAGAACAAGGAAACUGGCAAAAGCGAGCUUUUGACCCCUCCAUUGGAUGGAACUAUCCUCGAAGGUGUGACCAGAGACUCUGUCCUGGCUUUGGCAAGGGAGAGACUUGUCCCAAGAGGGUGGGGUGUGUCUGAGCGCAAAGUCACCAUGAAGGAGAUUUCUCAGGCAGCAAAGGAUGGCAGACUCAUUGAGGUUUUCGGUGCUGGCACCGCUGCUAUUGUCAGCCCUGUCCGCGAUAUCAGCUGGAAAGGACAAAAGAUCGAGUGUGGCUUGAAGCCGAAUGAGGAGGCUGGCCAGGUCGCUCUUGAGAUGAAGAACUGGAUUGAGGAAAUCCAGUAUGGUGAGGUUGAGCACGAAUGGAGGUAA